AUGUCAUCAACCAACGAAGAAUCUACUACUGGCCCCAAGUUACCUAUCUCAAGGAAUAGCAGGAAAGCAUUUUUCAGCUUUUCCAAUGGUGCGACAUCCUUCCAACAAGGAUGCUUGGGUGAACAGCAAGCUACGAUAUCAGGGGUAUUAAACAUCAGAUACACCGACAAGAAGCCGAUAUUUGCUAAAAAGAUUGAAAUAUCUUUUGUUGGCAAAGAGUAUGCCUUCUUCAGAGGAACGGUGUCAGAGGAUCAAAAAACCAAAAAUGAUGAUGAUGAAAUUUCAGAUGAUGAGAUUUCGGAUGACGAGAUUCCCGAAGAUGACGGCACCUUUUCCACUCAUACUGCCAAACGAAAAAUUUUCGAAACGUCUGUUUGCAUAUGGAAGUCACAGAGCAAAGGUUCAUAUGAGGGCGUAAAAUUUUUGGAUUUGCCUUUCAAAUUUCAACUUCCCGAUAACCUUCCACCUUCGAUAUGCAUGGAUAGAGGUUGGGGGAGGAUUUACUAUAUGUUGAAAGCAGUCAUUUCUCGUCAGCCAAUAAACCCUGACAGUAAUAAGAGUAGGAAGAUGAUCAAAAUGAUGGUCCCGGUUGUUCGUUAUACCGCCACCCCAUCACCAACCCCUUCUCGCUGGUUCGCCAAAGAAGAGGGACCGGUCGUAACUCGUUCAGUGUGUUAUGAUGUGUCUUUGGAUCGUGAAACUUUUGGUCCCGGAGGAACCGUAACUGUUCCG